AAAGCUUUGCGUGUCCCGUCCCGUCUAGGCCAGCUAGUAGUGUGUUGUGUUAUUAGUGCAUGCCCACUCAUCGCACCAAUCCAGUAUGGGCGCAACUCGAUUGGUUUGCCUAACCUUUUGAAGCUUAUGCGAUUGUGGGGUCUCCGGUAAGUGCGGACAAAUGCAUGGCCGCCUCCGGAUGGCGACCUUUGAGAAGAACCCCACCCACUGAUGGUUGUUAUUGUCUGCUGAUCGCUACCCUGACUGUGAGUUCGUUUGUUUUCCUGUUGAAGUCGUUUGACUGCAAUGCGAACUCUUUAGUUCAGGCAAUUGUUCUUGGUUCUCUGCACCCGCUGAGUUUUGGCCGUAUGGGCGCCUAAGUAUACUACCUUUAAAAUUUCUUUCCUUCCUAAUUAAAAAAAGACAGCUUUUUUUAAAGCAAACUACAUCUAAGGCCCUAAGCUUGUAAAUUUGUAUUGGCUUGAUCUCUAAACUCUUAACAUGUUGGAUCUUUUAUGGGCUUGGUCUAUUUAUUGAAUAAACUCUAUGGUGUGUAAUGAUGGAGAAUACCAAUAGUACCACAUUGGAAGUCCAAGGGUCCUUUGCCUUGACUUAUAUGGUGGGAUUUAUUCCACUUAACUUGAGAAGUCAAGAAAUGGACAAGGGCGUGCCACACGCGCGCGCGCGCCGCCGCCGCCGCCGGCCGGGCGUGGCGAGGCAGGCAGGCGUGGUUGUGUUAAUUUUUAGCACUCACUAACCGCGUACGUCAGCCGAGUGACCCUGUCUCUUCGUCUGCCGAGUGACCCUGUCUCUUCGUCAGCCAGCCGAGUGACCCUUCUCCUUCAGCUGCCGAUUUAUGACGUGACUCGGCGAGAGCUGGCCGACUCAUGGCAUAACUCGGCUAGAGCUGGCCGACUCUUGGCGUUACUCGUCGACCUUUCUCCUUCAGCUUCCCUCUGCGAGAGGUUAAAUAGAGGAGCACCACUGUCACUCGGUACACGCAAGAAAACACUUUCAGAACACAGUCCAGCAGCCGAGUGAGGGUAUUUCCAUCUCGUGACUCUGCGCGCACAGAGAAGCGAGAGGGCAGGUGCCUCCGGAGCCCUUGCCGUUCGAGACCUUGCACGAGUGAUCGGCAAUUAGGUUUUUAGGGAGCGUCUACGCGACUGCCCAAAGUCUUCUUCCUGCUGACAUGACAAGUGAAGUCGGACAAGGAUCUAGAUCCUCGGAGCGCAUGGCAGGGUAUGAUCAAUUCAUCUCCUUACUGUUUUUCAUUCUGCAAAUUAUAUAUGUUCAUACCUGCUGUUUUAUUUAUAGCCAUAAAUUUAUCCAAUCUGUUUUGUCGUAUUAUAUCAUGACGUGUCUGAUGCCUGAUCAUACUAGUAAUAUGAUAAAUCUGUUUGUCUUAAUUUUACAGUCAUGUUGUUUAUGUUGCUAUCUGUCUAUUUUCAGUUGUUCCAUAAUAAUACAUGUUCCAUGCUUAUUUGCUUAUUAUAUUUAUAUGAUUCAUAUGUUUCAUGUUCUCUUGAUCCAUAUUGUUAUGGAUAUAUUUGAGAUAAUGAUUUCUAUGAUUGAACAUAUUUUAUAUGUCAUCAUCAUAAUGCUAAUUUAUGGAAUUAAAAUAAUACGGAAAAUGUCUAUAUUUCUAACAUUCCAAAAACCUAAUGUUAGGCAUUUUUCUGUCAGAGGUUUUGCUGCUGUGCUAAAGCCUGAUCCUUUUGAUGGUAAAAACUUCUUGAUAUGGAAAGCUAAAAUGGAAUUGUGGCUAACUGCAAUGUCUUGUUUUCAUGCCGCUGAGGGCAAGCCUGCAAACUUACCUCCUGAGGAUGAGGCUAAGUUUAAGGCUGAAGACAAACUCUUUCGAGGAGCAGUAAUUAGCGCACUGGAUACUAAAUUCCAGAAAAGCUAUAUCAUCCUUCCCACAGGGAAAGAGUUGUGGGAUGCACUUGUCGGAAAGUUUGGAGUAACUGACGCCGGUAGCGAGCUGUAUCUCAUGGAGCAGCUGUAUGACUACAAAAUGGUUGAGAACCGAUCUGUAGUGGAACAGGCUCAUGAGUUUCAGGCACUAGCUAAGGAACUCGAACUUUUUCCUUGUCCUUUGCCUGACAAGUUUGUGGUUGGCGGUAUAAUCGCCAAGUUGCCACCUUCUUGGAAGGACUUUGCUACCUCUCUUAAACAUAAGAGACAAGAGUUCAAUGUGGAAGAGCUCAUUGGUACUCUUGAUGUUGAGGAAAGGGCUAGAACUAAGGACAAUGGAAAAGGUGUGGAGACCUCUACUGCUAAUGUGGUGCAGAAGAGAAACUUCUGCAAGUUUAACAAGAAGAAAAACUAGAACAAACCAGAGAACACAAAUAAACUUGUUCAACCAGCACAGUUUAAAAAGAAGAACAACAAUAACAAGGGAAAGGGAGGAUGCUUUGUCUGUGGCAGUGAUCAACAUUGGGCAAGAGAGUGCCCUGAUCGCAAGUUCACUCAAGACAAGAAAUCAGCUCAUGUUGUAACCACUGAAACUGAAGGAGGAACAUCUGGGUCGGGAGGUCUGGCGCCUUGUUGAUGGGUAAUGGGUCGCGUGCUCAUGUUCUUGGUGUUGGUACGGCCAUUCUGAAGUUUACUUCGGGAAAGACGGUGCCAUUGAAGAGCGUGCAGCAUGUGCCCUCUAUCAAGAAGAAUCUCGUUAGCGCUUCUAUGCUAUGUCGAGAUGGAUACAAAGUUGUUCUUGAGUCUAAUAAAUGUGUUGUGUCGAAACAUGGUACUUUUGUUGGUAAAGGAUAUGACUGCGGAGGCUUGUUCCGCUUAUCACUGCAUGAUGUGUGUAAUAAACUGGUGAAUUCUGUUC